GUAGUUCAGUCCAGUGAUUGAGAAAUGGAAGCUUACAUUAAGGUCUUAUGCAUUCUUGGGGUUCUAGCAUUUGUUAGUAUUUCAGAGAUUCAUAGAGUGGAAGCUGCAGGAGAAUGUGGAAGGUCUACCACUCCAGACAAUGAAGCACUGAAGCUUGCUCCAUGUGUGAGUGCAGCACAAGAUGAAAAUGCAAGUGUUUCUCAGAGUUGCUGUGCUCAAAUCCAGAAAAUUGGUCAGAACCCAAGUUGUCUGUGUGCUGUUAUGCUCUCCAACACAGCAAAGAUGUCUGGAGUAGAAGCUAAGGUUGCCAUAACCAUCCCCAAGCGUUGCAACCUUGCUAAUCGCCCUGUUGGUUACAAGUGUGGACCAUACACACUGCCUUAAGAUUGUAAUGGAAACAAGGAAGGACUGGGCAU